AUGUCUUAAGGAAUUCAAUCUGCCCCUGAGAAGGACAUAUUUCUGAGGCUGGGGGUAGGAUCCUGUGCACUUCAGCUCAGCUCCCGAAUCAGCUCCGUCUCUCUCUCUCCCUCCUCUCUCCAGGCUUCCUGCGCACCCUCUCCUCUCUUCCACUUUAUUUAUAAACAUAUUUUAGUGUCCUUUCUAAACAAAGCUCACCACCAGCAGCAGCCAUGGACGCCAUUAAGAAGAAGAUGCAGAUGUUAAAGCUGGACAAGGAGAACGCCUUGGACCGAGCUGAACAAGCCGAAGCGGACAAGAAGGCGGCGGAGGACAGGAGCAAGCAGUUUGAGGAUGAAGCUUUACAACUAGAGAAGAAGUUGCGAGCAGUGGAGGAUGAGAGAGAUAAAUUUUUAGAAGAUUUCAACAAGGCGGAGGAGCGGCAGCUGCUGGCGGAGGAGAAUGCCACUAAGCUGGAGGAUGAGCUGGUGGCUUUACAGAAGAGACUGAAAGGGACUGAGGAUGAGCUUGACAAAUAUUCCGAAGCUCUGAAAGAUGCACAGGAGAAGUUGGAGCUGGCUGAGAAGAAAGCUACAGAUGCUGAAGCAGACGUCGCCUCUCUGAACAGACGCAUCCAGCUAGUUGAGGAGGAGUUGGACAGGGCUCAGGAACGCCUGGCCACCGCUCUGCAGAAGCUGGAGGAGGCUGAGAAGGCUGCAGAUGAGAGUGAAAGAGGCAUGAAGGUCAUUGAGAACAGAGCCCAGAAGGACGAGGAGAAGAUGGAACUGCAGGAGAUCCAGCUUAAGGAGGCCAAGCACAUUGCAGAGGAGGCUGACCGCAAAUAUGAAGAGGUUGCACGUAAGCUGGUGAUUAUUGAGAGUGACCUGGAGAGGACUGAGGAGCGAGCAGAACUCUCUGAAUCUAAAUCUGCUGAGCUUGAAGAAGAGUUGAAAACUGUGACCAACAACCUGAAGUCACUGGAGGCUCAGGCUGAGAAGUAUUCGCAAAAGGAAGACAAGUAUGAGGAGGAAAUCAAAGUCCUGAGUGACAAACUGAAGGAGGCUGAGACACGUGCUGAGUUUGCAGAGAGAUCUGUCACCAAGUUGGAAAAAUCCAUUGAUGACUUGGAAGAGAAACUGGCACAAGCCAAAGAAGAAAACCUCAGCAUGCACCAGAUGCUCGAUCAAACUCUACUGGAGCUUAAUAAUUUGUGAGCUACAUUGAUUUGCUGCAAGCUGGUUGCCUCCUUGGUUAUUAAAAGCCCUUCUUGAGAAUAAGUGCUCCCACCUCCCCCACACCUUGCUUUUAUGCAGAUAUUUGGCUGAGGGGGCAGGCAGCUAGGAGUUAGAUCGUGAUAGAGCAAUGGCAUGUUCCAUGAUGAUAGUAAGAAACAAUUAAAUAUUUUGAUUAAAUCUGUUGUACCCCUUAAUUGCCACUUUUCAACAUUUUUAAUUUUAAAACAAAACUUCCAGCUGUUUACAAAAGUACUGUCAACUACAGGCUGUCUACAUUCUAAAACAUCCCUUUUUAAAAGGUCCACUCUCCCACACCCAAUUUAAUUCUUUGAUAUUUUCCAGAAAUUAUUUUUAAAAACUUGCCAAUUAAUGUUCAACCUUGCAUUUUUUUUCCCCCUGUUUUGAGUGUUCUUUAUAAUGGAAGAACGCAUUGGUUAUAAGAUAAAAGCGAGAUUUGGGAGCGGCCCCUAAGACCCACUUUUCUUUUCUUCUUAAGCACUGGGUUUUAAAUAUUUGCAAAUUAUAUUUUGGAGGGAAGGGAUAGCUUAGAGGAAUGUUUUAUUAGAAGGUCUGGGUACUGCAGUCUAUAAUAAUAUUUGCUUUUGUAACAAGUGUGUGUGUUUAUCUUCGCCCUUCUGUCUGAAUUAGCCUGAAGUAUGAACUGCAACUCUCCUUCCAUGGCAGUGCAACAUUCCCCAGUGUGAUUGGGGGGGAAGAGAAGUUGCAAUUUUAAAUAUAGUAAACGAGGUACAAAUAGGGACCCAUCAAUAAAAUGUGAACAUUUGGUAAUGUCACUUGUCAAAAAGCAGCAAUUAAUGUUAAUUGAGAUGUAGAUGGUAGUAUCACAAAAGGCAUAGUGGGGAGAUUCUAGAAUAUACUUGUUAAAGCCAGCCUACAUCAUUCUGCUUCCAAGUCUCGGUGUGGAGGGCCAAUUCUGAAUCUGGUAUUAACGUCGCAAUUAUUACUAGGGUCUCCAUAUUAACAGGAUUGAUUUUGCUUGACCGGUUGUUAAAACCAUAAAUGUGAGUACACAAGCGUGGCUGAAACUUAAUUUGCCUUGUUUUCCUUUUUUGUGUACUGCUGAAUAUUGUGCAACAUGUAUGAAUGACUUAAAAUCCAAAGACCUUUUCUUGUUACAAAAGGCAAAUAAUGAGUAGAACAUACUGGUGAUGCUUCCCUGUGCACGCUUAAUUGUGAAUUGUCUUAACAAUAUGCUUGUCUGUAAACUUUAUAAUGGUAAUAAAUACACACACGAGAUUUUGUAAAUCA